UUCUAAUUUAAAAUUAAAAAAAUUGUAUUUCAAUUGCAAAUAUUCCGUUUUUGAAAAGCUGGCAAACUUAUCAUCACGGCCAUGAAUAUCAUUUCAAAAUUUUUGUUAACUUUAGAAAAUCUCAAAAACUAAAAUUUUCGCUAGCUUGUGGGCAGACGAAACGAAUGGAUCAGGAGUACAAACUCUUAUUGAAUCACCAAAGUUUCGCGAGUAAUGGAACAGUUCACGUCAAGGUUUUUGCAGAAAACGCAGCAGCAAGAAGACGCCACAUUGCCAACAAGAAUACGUUGCAUGCAACAGCUUUGUGUUGACAUUGAGGCGAAUGACAAGAGAACGCUACAAGGAGCAAUGAUGCCCAUUGAUAACUUAUUAGGUUAUCUACACAAUGACAGUAAAUUCGAGCAAAUGCAUGAGCAUAUGCAGGGAUCAAAUCUUAUUUACAAUCUAACUACGCCGAGUCUGAGCUCUGGCUAUGGCGGUUACGAGGUACAACAGUUAUCCGGUGACAACAAUUCAUCGCCCAGCGAACUCAUCACAGCACUGAGGUCCGCGAUCGAUGCUCUCGAGAGAAGCCCGGGUGCCAACGAGCAGGUUGGCGAUGCCGCAGCUACCAGAAUGGAAAGUGACACCAGAGAACCGACUUUCCCAUUGGAACAAAGAUCGCCACAGCCCACUGGCAAUAACGAACUGCAAGCACUGACGGAUCUUGUGCGUCAGACAAUGUUUCGACUGGACAACUACAUGGCACUGCAGGCCGAGCAGCAGACGCAGCAGCUCGAUCUCGACCCGUACCUGAUGCCAGAGUUGCCAGCAAAUCCACCGAGUUUUAUGAAUCCUCUAAAGCAGCUUAAUAUGUGGCAACAGCUGAAGACGACGCCGUCCAAGGGUAGAGUUAAGCGCACAGUGAAAGUGAUGCCUGUGCAGCCGCUGGUCAUCAUGCCGCCAACGCCUCCGCCACAGUCGACGCCUGCCCCUGAACGUUACCGUCUUCGACCACGUAAAAAGCGAGCUACUGCUGCUGCUCCUUCUGCGAUUGAAGUGCCAAAGGAGGUAAAGGAGACGAAGCGGGACAGUGGCACAACGAUGUGGUGUCCUAGCGAAUACUGUCAACAUUUUUGCGGUGUCAACUGUGCUCCAAACUUCAAGUCGGAUGACAGUAUUAUGUGUCCGCAUCAUCAUCAACUGCACUCCAGCCAGGACACUAUUCCGGGUAAGACAGUGCGUUGUGCAGCGGGCACUAGGCAUCAACCAGAGAUGUUAGAGGAGCAUCUUCCACAGCCCAGUGAGCAAAGCAGCCUGCUCGAUGACUGGUAUGAGACGGCGCAACGCAGCCUUGCCGAACUGGAAACGGAAAAGAAUAAUUAUACGAACAUGUCAAGCUGCGAAAAACUCCAACAAACCGAUUCUUGUGAGACAGUCAGUGAAGCCACGGACACCGAGAAUCUGCAAACCAAGGACUUCAUUGCCACCACAGACAAAGGCGUCAAUACCACCAGUAAUGUAGAAAAGCCAAUGAAAUUGGUGCGCAUUUACAAGUGUUCCGCACUGCAGGCGAAGAAAAGUCCGAGCAAAAGCCAAGGCAAGGUCAGGUUUGUCAAGGAUACGGUAAGCAAGAGCGAGACUCCCUACAGCAGCAGCAGCAAGGAAUCAACUGCAAUGAGGAGAACACCUGUAGCCAAGAGAACAUCAGGAGGUGCCACAUCCAUGGCAUCGACAGCAACCUCAGCUUAUCCCAGGAAAAGUUCAGAAAGUGCCAAUCAGGCGGCAACCAUGGCACAACCUUCGUGGCCGGCGCUUACCAAGCUGCGUGUGCUUAGCACAAUGAGCGAGGCCACCGAAGACUCCCAAAGGCGUCGCUGUAGGCCAUCGGAGACGGCCAGGUUUCAGCAGAUGCUCGAAGAGGAGGAGCAGAAAGCCAAGGAAGCCAAAGCCAAGGAGUUUGCCAAUCGCUUCGGCCGCUGCAAAGGCGGCACCAUUGCCAAGUUCGAUACGCUGCCAACAUAUCCCAGCGGCUGGACACAGGUUGCCAUGAUGGAAUAG